AUUCAAAGUGAUCCCAACAUGGAUGUCUGUCCCGACUAUGCUUCCAAUGACUUUGUCAACACACGAGCCCAACUUAUUAACAGGAACAUUACUGAAGAACAGGCAGUUCAACUGCUCAGGAACAUUUGGGAAGUGAACAACAACACCGACAAAUGCUUGUGGCAACAGCAAAUGAAUGACGACAGAGACAAACAAGCUCAUUGUGAUCGUCUAAAAGAGGACAAAGAGGAAUGCAUAAAGCGAGAACGCUUAGCAGAAGAGGAAGAGGCCCACAAGGAAGAACAGAAGAGAAACAAGCACAAGUACACUCCAAUCCAGAACACAGGCAUCCCAGACGACCUGGCUAUCACACCGUGUUCCUACACACUUCGCAAGUUAGACAAAGGAGAGUAUGUCGAAAUGUGGUAUUUCACUAACGACGGACUUGAUGAAGCAUUGGUCAAGAAAACGAUGGAUGAUGAUGCCAUGGUUUUGUCUACCCUCGCGGACGGUUCGACAGCAUGGGUCUCUUCAGCAUCAACUUGCAGCACUUGGUCUGCCAUCAAUGACGAGAACCUCCCAUUUGAGGAUUUCUGUCAGGCCUGCCUGCGUCUCCUGGACGCUCUACUAGAAGUGGAUUGGCCACAGGACAGAAUUAGGAUUACGGCGCUCUUUUGGAGAAACUUACAGGUUCACAAGUAUUGUUCUCUCCCCGACCCAUGGACACAGAGAACUCUGCUAGUCUACCAAGCGGAACAACACAAAUGGUGGCACAUCAUAGCCAAGUCUGCAGCAGACCUGUAUGAUCUCUCCGAGAUCAACGAGAAGGUUCUAGAAGAAAUGAGAGGAAGAGUCUAUUAG